UCUCUCUCUCUCUCUCUCUCUCUCACGACUAUGCUCUAGAGAUAGAGAUCUUUUGAUCCUUUUUUUUUUCAAAGUUGGUAACUUUUUUUUUUUCUUUCUGGGGUGCGUUAAUGGCGACAGUUGUGUGAUGGUCCAGAGUGAGCAAGUUUUGUGGUUUGGUUAAAAGGGUAGAGGAAAAAAGGUUUUGUUACUGUUUCUUUGUCUACACAUUACUUUGAAUGAAGAUGGAGUUUCUCGGCGACAGCCAAAAUCACGACAGUUCUGAAAUGGACAAGAGGAAGAAGAAGAAGCGAUUUCACCGCCACACACCUCACCAGAUCCAACGCCUCGAAUCAACUUUCAAUGAGUGUCAACAUCCAGAUGAGAAACAGAGGUUGCAACUUAGCAGAGAAUUGGGUUUAGCUCCAAGACAGAUCAAGUUUUGGUUUCAGAACAGAAGAACACAAAAGAAGGCACAACACGAGAGAGCUGAUAACUGUGCACUCAAGGAAGAGAAUGAUAAGAUUCGUUGCGAAAACAUUGCGAUUAGAGAAGCUAUAAAACACGCCAUUUGCCCUAACUGUGGUGAUUCUCCUGUUAAUGAAGACUCUUACUUUGAUGAACAGAAGCUUCGAAUCGAAAAUGCACAGCUAAGACAAGAGCUUGAAAGGGUUUCAAGCAUUGCAGCUAAAUUCAUAGGACCUCUUGCUCAUCUCCCACCAAUACUAAAUCCGAUGCACAUUUCGCCAUCAGAGUUAUUCCAUAGUGGUCCUUCGCUUGAUUUUGAUCUUCUUCCAGGAAGUUGUUCUUCAAUGGCUACUGUUCCUAAUUUACCAUCUCAGCCAAACUUGGUUUUAUCAGACAUAGAUAAGUCUCUUAUGACCAGCAUCGCUGUGACCGCUAUGGAAGAAUUGCUUAGGCUCACACAAACAAAUGAGCCUCUAUGGAUCAAAACCGAUGGAUGCAGAGAAAUUCUCAAUCUCGAAAGCUAUGAGAAUAUAUUCUCAAGAUCAAGUAGCCGUGGAGGAAAGAACCAUAACCUUCGAAAGGAAGCAUCUAGAUUUUCUGGCGUUGUUUUCACUAAUGCUAUGACCCUUGUUGAUAUGCUCAUGGACUCGGUCAAAUCUGCAGAGCUUUUUCCCUCAAUUGUUGCAACAUCUAAAACCCUUGCAGUGAUUUCAUCCAGCUUGCGCGGAAACCGUGCAGAUGCAUUGCAUUUGAUGCUUGAAGAGCUUCAAGUGCUUUCCCCAUUGGUACCGACGCGUGAGUUCUGCGGGCUAAGAUAUUGUCAGCAAAUACAACAUGGAACUUGGGCAAUUGUAAAUGUCUCCUAUGAGUUCCCUCAGUUUAUAUCUCAUUCUCGGUCGUAUCGGUAUCCUUCUGGUUGCUUGAUUCAAGACAUGUCCAAUGGCUAUUCCAAGGUUAUUUGGGUCGAACAUGUUGAUACGGAGGAGCAAGAACCGGUUCACGAGAUGUUUAAAGAUAAUGUCCGUCAAGGAUUAGCUUUUGGAGCUGAACGUUGGAUCGCUACUCUCCAAAGAAUGUGCGAGAGAUUCAAGACUCUACUAGAACCCGCAACAUCUUCCCGCGAUCUCAAAGGAGUGAUUCCAUCUCUGGAAGGGAAGAGAAGUAUAAUGAGACUAUCUCAAAGAAUGGUAAGCAACUUUUGCUUGAGCGUUGGCACAUCUAACAACAAUCGCUCAACGGUUAUUUCCGGGUUGGACGAGUUUGGAAUCCGUGUGACCUCGUAUAAGAGUCAGCAUGAACCAAAUGGAAUGGUUCUAUGUGCAGCCACUAGUUUCUGGCUCCCAAUUUCUCCACAAAACGUCUUCAAUUUCCUCAAAGAUGAAAGAACUCGGCCACAGUGGGACGUUCUUUCGAAUGGAAAUUCUGUUCAAGAAGUUGCUCAUAUCGCAAACGGCUCACACCCUGGAAACUGCAUUUCGGUUCUCCGCGGAUUCAAUGCAUCUUCAUCACAAAACAACAUGCUGAUUCUACAAGAAAGCUGCGUAGACUCAUCAGGCUCGCUUGUGGUCUACACUCCGGUGGAUCUACCAGCACUGAACAUGGCAAUGAGCGGUCAAGACACAUCUUAUGUUCCCAUUCUACCCUCGGGUUUCGCCGUUUCACCAGACGGAACCAGGAAUAACCAGCUCGCAGAGCACAAAGUUGAAGGAGGAGGAGGUUCAUUGAUAACGGUUGGUUUUCAGAUAAUGGUGAGUAGUUUGCAGUCAGCGAAAUUGAAUGUGGAGUCAAUGGAAACAGUUAAUAAUCUCAUCAGCACCACUGUCCAGCAAAUUAAAACCACCUUGAACUGUCCUUCAACUGCUUGAAGACGCCAUUAAUUAGCUCAUUUUUCCCAUCUGAUUUCUGGGGUUGUCUUCAAUGAUCAGGGAAGUGAAAAGUUAUUUUAGGUAGUACUUAUUUUUGCCUUCAAUGCCUGCAAAGAGUGUAAGGAGUCAUUAUUCUUCUGUGUAUCUGUCUCCUCUCUUCACUCUAUCUUUUUGCUGUUUUUUUUUUUUUUUUUUUUUUGUUUUUCGAAAGGUAACAUUUAUUUAGUGGGAGUCAAGAGCGCACCAUGCAACAAAUGCUCUUCAUGUAUGGUUCGGGCAUUGACUUCUGUUUUGUUUCUAUAUUUUUAUUAUUACAGCUGUAAUGUUACUCUUUUCUUGGCUA